ACUGUACCUCCCAUCACCAUCUUCGUCGACGUAGAUUAUCCCCGUUCAUCCUCCUUAUCUAAUGUCCGACUGCCCGAGUCCGUUCUUUUUGUUCGGCUGUUUUACUCUCCAAUCCAGUCUUGACGCCUGGAUUCUGGGGUACAACGAGCGACACAAUAUUGGACCAAGUGGCUCUACCUUCGACUUCCAGCUUCCACUAACGAACUGUGUUUGCUGAACGCCAGUGGGCGCUUGGAUACAGAACCUACCUAUCAAGACCAUUUAUUUCUUCAAACGGGUUUCUUUGCUGCUCACUUAUACUCUGGUCGUCACCCCCGUGGUCAACAACAUGACCGCCCUCAACACCUUGCCGGCCGAACUUCUCCUGGACAUUGGAGAACGUCUCGAUCGCAGAGACUUGGCCUCUCUGAUCCGUGUCUCCAGAUCUUGUCACGCUGUCUUGACUGACACAUUAUACAAUGUCAGAGGCAAGCAGGAGGCUGUGCGUUGGGCCGCCGAUAAUGGCAGCUGCUUGGUCAUGAAAACCGCGCUAUCGCGAUCCCUCGAUGAGAAGGAAAAGUCCGAACUCGUCAGCAUGCCCAUCCUUCGUCCGCUUGUGCCGCCAGACCGCCGCUGGCCGCUAAUGGCUACUCCGCUUGCUCGCGCAUCGUAUCAUGGUCAUCUUGAUGUUGUCACCUAUCUCUUGAAUGUUGGAGCACGCCAAGACAUAUCGUCGUACCGGCUCUGCAACUGCAUUGACUUGCAAAGUAUCUUCGAGGGCUUCGAGGGCCACGAUUUUCCCAAUGUCCCGGCUUGGUAUCCUCUUCACUACGCAAUAUGCAGUAAGAAUGAAGAGAUCGCGCUGCUCCUUAUCGACCGGGGUGCGCCCUUGGUGGUGUGUGAAGGUGGCCCCCAUAUCACUGCACUCCAAAGUGCCGCUGCGAACGGUUGUCUAAAGGUCGUACAGCGUCUCGCGAAACGAUACCGUGAGCUGAAUCAUGGUCCUUUGUUGACCCCCGGGCAGAGGGUAGAUGUAGGUCGUCCGCCGGCCCCCAAUGCAACCGAUGCUCGUCUCAACUCUGCGAUGCACUACCUCGCGCUGUGUCCGCGUCGUGAAUAUGUUCGCGACAUCUGUCUCUACCUGAUGGACCUUGGGGUUCCGCUAGAUACUCCAUGGGGUAGUAGGGCCAUGUCGCCCCUUUUGAUGGCAUGCGCCUUGGGAAAUUUUACGGUAGCUAGUGAAUUUGUGCAAUUCGGAGCAAACCUUCAACGUCGGGACCCGACAGAGCAGGAACGUCAACAACUUCUCCAAGAAGACGUGUUGCCCGAACACCGGCAAACCAACGCCUCAUACGUGUACACUGCCCUGGGAGCCACAUAUAGACGAGCGAAGCAGGCCGGCGUUGUGUGGCGUCCAGGCGGCAAGGCGCGCUGGAAAAUCGAACGGCAGAACUUUAUCAGAGUAUUCAUCCAGCACAAUGGCAAGGUUAACGAACCCGUCAGUCGAGCUGGUGACACCGCUUUGGCAAGAGCAGCUGAACGAGGGCUCGCGGCUGAGGUCCGAAUACUUAUCUCGGAGGGAGGCGCUGUUGUUGACAAGCCAGAUGCGCUUGGAAUGACACCGUUGUGCAAGGCUGCUCUACACGGUGGAUUCGCUGCCGUUGAAACGCUCUUGGAAGCCGGGGCGGACCCAAACCUUCCCAGUCGAAUUGGUCAAAUCACGGCCCUGGAGAUGAUCAGUGGCAUGAUUGCGGUGCCAGAAAUCGAGCAAAUAAUCAUCUUGCUGCUACGCUACGGUACACGUGUAGGAAGAUUAUCACCUCGAUCUCCCCAUCAGUAUGAACAAACUCACUUGAUCGGUUUGUUGAAGCGAGUUCUCGAUCGUAACAACCCUUCAGACUACUUGGCCGUGUCGACAAUUCUCGAAAACAGUACUGAAGCAAACAUAGCGCGUGGGUGUUGGCAAUACGCAGCCGAGGUUGCCCUUCGUCUCGAUAAGAAUGGGGAUUCCAAGAAGCCAGGACACAGACAAUUGUGCUUACUCCUAGGUACCUUUGGUUCCAACGUUGGCUAUGCCUUUGACGAUUCCAGACUCUGCUCGAUUGUUAAGCAGCUCAUCAAGACAGGCCACCCGGAGAACAUGUCGUGUCUGUUUUACCUUGGAGGAAGGAAUAUGGAACUUCAACUGCGGGACUAUUUCCCAAGCGUGGUUAGGACACUCAGCGGCGUCUUCACUCGAGAAGCGAUGCUGGCCAUGACCUUGACUCAUAGUAAAGAAUCAGCGUUGCCUUUGGUCUCUCAAUUGCUCGCUGACAACGAUAUCGACGUCACUGGGAGACUUCACUGUCUCAGCACCAAGCCGACGCUACUUCAUCUGGCUUGUAGCAACGGCGACUGGGGAUCCGCAGGCCUGCUUAUAACCAGAGGUUGUUCCGCGAACGCUGUCAAUGGGUGUCUUUUAACGCCCUUGGCGGAGGCUGCAGCGGGCGGCUACAGGAAGCUGGUCGAAGCUCUGAUGGACUGUACAGCGGCUGAUCCACACGAGUCAUUCCGGAGUCCUUCAGACACCACCAGAGUAUUGCAAGAUCACUUGGCAGUUCAAGAAGACUUUCUUCGCCCGCCUCCCGGAGCCAAGCUCUCCCAAUUCGUCGUCCGUGAGCUCAUGAAGCUCCAGGGUGCGCCUUUAGGGUUUACCGAUAGUGAUACCAGCAAUCAGCACUCAUUGGACCCAUCUCUUCCCAAAAGGGGGGCUCGGAACCGUUACACGCCGCAUCUCUUUGGAUUCUCUGCUCUUGAAGCGGCCUGUCACGAGGGACACACCGGUGUCGUAAAAGCAAUUCUCAAACGUCACCCCCUUGCAAGACAUACCCAUCUCCAAGUCCAAAGGGGUUACAUGCUCGUAAAGCCGUCGUCCAGUCUUCUGACUGAUACGAUCAUGAACGGACACUGGGACACAACGCACAUUUUACUCAACAACGGAGCAGAUCCCAACCAGGGCAUCCUCCGCGGCUGUCUCGACCUGACUCCCCUCCACAUCUGCGUGGAGGCCCUUGUGCACACAGUCCGGUUGUACAACGCCGAGGCCGAGACCCUUGCUACCGAGCAGCCUAUACCCCCCGGCUCCGAGGCUCCGCCCCCGUUCCCACCGGAUAUGCAUCCCCAACUAUUGCCGUUCGUCAAAAGAAUUCAGAAAAUUGUUAGCGUCAUUGCGCACCUAAAGAACAGAGGUGCAAAGGAGGAAUCAGACAAUUCUGUAUUCAGGAUCGUUCACAAACUGGAAGGGGAACCGUUCUCGCAUGAUACAACGGACUUGUUGAAGAGGUUGAUGAACAGAGAGGACCCAGAGUACAUGGGGGGAAGGUUCAUGGAGAGACAUGAGGUGGUGGUGACGAGGAAGUUUACGCUGGAUCCGGAGGGCAAGAAGAUCGUUCUGAGUGCUGAGGCAAACGACGAGUCGAAGAAUGAGGGUAAGGGUCUCCCGAAGAAGACAAAGUAAUCAUGGUAAUGAUAGGGUGGCGCACUUUGGCGGUAUUUGGGUUGUGUUGCAUAACUCUUUGCAUAUGUUUUCGGAUAUCUUUCGCCGGAUCAGCAAUAUAAUUGGUAAGGGGUAUCUUGGGAACAGCGAUUGAUUUACACAAUUACCAAGUAGCAAAUAACAGCAUAAUGGACUUAAGUUACGAU